AUUCUCCUACCUGUUCCUUUCCUUUCCCUUCUUUUCUCUCUCUCUCUUCAUUCUUCUUAAAUUCUAUUCACAAGAAAGAUACAGAUAGGCUUCAAUGGAAACCAGCCUGAAAACCACUUUUUUUAUAAUCUUACACUCUUAAUAAUAUUAAGUGGUUUUCAGUAGUUCUUCAUCCUUCCCCCCUUAAUUUAUCAGAUCUUUUUUGGUCUGGCCGGACCAAGACUGAAUUAAUAUUAUACUAGAGUGUGAAGAAAAAAAAUGUUUCAACCCAACAUGUUUGAUAGUCAGCAUCACCAUCAUCUUCUUGAUAUCAGCCACAAAAGCCCGGAAAAUGAACUUGAUAUGCUCCGAGAUGAUGACUACGAGAGCAAAUCCGGCACUGAUAUCAUGGAAGCUCCGUCUGGCGAUGAUCAAGAUCCAAACCAACGUCCUAAUAAGAAGAAACGUUAUCAUCGUCACACUCAACAUCAAAUACAAGAACUCGAGUCGUUCUUCAAGGAAUGCCCACAUCCGGAUGAUAAACAAAGAAAGGAACUUGGAAGAAGGUUAACUUUAGAGCCAUUGCAAGUCAAGUUUUGGUUCCAAAACAAAAGAACUCAAAUGAAGGCCCAGCAUGAACGCCAUGAAAACUCGCAACUCAGGAAUGAUAAUGAAAAGCUAAGAAUGGAGAACAUACGUUACAAGGAGGCGCUCGCCAAUGCAACCUGUCCUAACUGUGGUGGUCCUGCAGCUAUUGGGGAGAUGUCAUUCGACGAACAACACCUCAGAAUUGAAAAUGCCCGUCUACGUGAAGAAAUUGAUAGGAUAUCCGGAAUUGCUGCAAAGUAUGUGGGCAAACCAAUGCUAAGUUACCCAAAUAUGUCACAAAAUGGACCACCGCGUUCUCUUGACCUACCAAUCGCUAGCUUUAGUUCACAACCUGGAAUGGUGGAUGACAUGUUUGGAAGCAGCAACCUUCUCCGUUCAGUUUCAGGACCUAGUGAGGCCGAUAAGCCACUUAUAAUUGAACUAGCAGUUGCAGCCAUGGAAGAACUGGUUAGAAUGGCUCAGUCUGGUGAGCCUUUAUGGGUUCCAAGCCCUGAUAAUUCCGCAGAGAUAUUGAACGAAGAAGAGUACUCUCAAGCCUUUCCUAGAGGCAUUGGAGCAAAGCAAUUGGGAAUGAAAUCAGAAGCUUCACGAGAUUCCGUCAUUGUCAUCAUGAAUCAUGUCAAUCUUGUAGAGAUUCUGAUGGAUGUGAAUCAAUGGUCAAAUGUGUUUUCCGGGAUUGUUUCAAGAGCAAUGACUCUCGAAGUUCUUUCAACCGGUGUUGCUGGAAACUACAAUGGAGCUCUACAAGUGAUGACAGCCGAGUAUCAGGUUCCUUCGCCACUAGUCCCAACCAGAGAAUACUAUUUCGUUAGGUACUGUAAGCAACACGCCGAUGGGAGCUGGGCUGUGGUUGAUGUCUCUUUAGACAACUUACGCUCUUCUACAAUGUCAAGAUCUCGAAGAAGGCCAUCAGGUUGUUUGAUUCAAGAAGUUCCCAAUGGGUACUCCAAGGUUACAUGGGUUGAACAUGUUGAAAUCGAUGACAGAGGUGUUCAUGAUAUCUAUCGGUUACUAGUGAAUUCUGGCUUAGCAUUUGGAGCAAGCCGAUGGGUAGCAACACUCGAUAGACAAUGUGAACGUCUUGUAAGCGCUAUGGCUAACAACAUUCCUACUGGUGAAAUUGGAGUUAUAUCGACUCUAGAAGGGCGAAAGAGUAUGUUGAAACUUUCAGAGAGAAUGGUUUUGAGCUUUUGUAGCGGUGUUGGAGCUUCAACAACGCAUACAUGGACAACUUUGUCAGGUAGCGGGGCAGAUGAUGUCCGUGUUAUGACUAGAAAGAGCAUUGAUGAUCCAGGCAGACCUCCUGGUAUUGUGCUAAGUGCUGCUACAUCGUUCUGGAUCCCAGUUCCACCAAAGCGAGUUUUUGAUUUUCUUCGUAAUGAACGCUCUAGAAGCGAGUGGGACAUUCUUUCAAAUGGUGGACUGGUUCAAGAAAUGGCGCAUAUUGCCAAUGGUCGUGAUCCAGGAAACUGUGUCUCACUUCUAAGAGUCAAUAGUGCAAAUUCGAGCCAAGGAAAUAUGCUCAUACUUCAAGAGAGUUCAAGUGAUUCUACGGGUUCAUAUGUUAUCUAUGCUCCGGUAGAUAUUGCAGCAAUGAACGUUGUCUUAAGUGGCGGUGACCCUGAUUAUGUUGCAUUACUACCAUCUGGUUUUGCUAUACUUCCUGAUGGAGCAGGAAAGAAUCAAGGAGGAAGUAUUCUAGAGGUUGGGAAUGGUGGAUCUUUACUGACAGUUGCAUUUCAGAUUUUGGUUGAUUCGGUUCCAACUGCAAAACUUUCACUCGGGUCAGUAGCAACAGUUAAUAGUCUUAUUAAGUGCACCGUUGAAAGGAUUAAAGCUGCGGUUGGUCCUGAUAAUCCGUAGCUAUGAGGCCUUCGUUUUUAUGCAUGGAACCAAAGGGAAUGUAGGAGGAUUUAGCGGGUGAAGUUUACUCUUAUUGUAAGAAACUAAUGGAAGAAGUCAAGAACGCACCUAAAACAAACCUUUGGUGUAUGGCGUUAACGUCAAGAAUGAAGUUUUCACCAUCCAUUGAAGGUUAUGGGUUCGGGUAUUGACUUUGCCUAGCUCAAGAUUUCCGAGUAAACUAAAACCUUAUCUAGUGAAUUUUUCUAGUUAUAACUCUUGAGAACGUUUUUCAGGAUUAUGGUUUUUGAUGUAGGUUGUUUAAUUGUAUGUGUUUUGAAGUGUCACAAUGAUCUGUAGAAACUUUGCUCAAACAGAUAAUUUCCUCCUUUCAUAUAUCUCAUGUCAUUCCCUAUUUUGAUAACA